AUGUCAAAUCCUGGCGUGUUCCCCGACGGCACUCUCGACCCUGAGUACUCGCGUCGCAUCAACGCAAACAACGCCUCCAAGCCACGCGGCCAUCUCUACCCGUCCUCCGCCUACCCUCCCCAACCGCAGCCCUACCCCCCCGGCUACCGUCCCCCGCACGGCUACUCCCCGUACGCCCAGCCCCAGAACCCCUACCCCCCUCAGCCCUUCCACCCGCCGCCACCGCCGCCGCCUCACCCCCCUCAGCACCCCUACGCCCCGCAGCAACCCUACCCGGCCCACCCACCGCAGCCGUCGUACAACCCGCACGGCCCCCCCGCGCUAGCACAGUCCGCCUCACACAUGACGAGCCCGUUCCGCCCGUCCGGGCGCAGGAAGGCGCUACUGGUCGGCAUCAACUACCGCGGCACGAGCUCCGCGCUGCGCGGCUGCGUGCGCGACGUCACCUUCGUCCACCACCUGCUCGUGUCCAAGUUUGGCUUCCGCAAGAAGGACUUUGUCGUCCUCACCGACGAGUCGGUCAACAUCCCCGGCGUGCGCAAGGGGCCGCCCACCCGCCGCGUCAUCCUCGACUCGCUCAAGUGGCUCGUCUCCGGCUCCCGCUCUGGUGACAGUCUCUGGUUUUCCUUCUCGGGCCACGGCGCCCAGGUGCGCGACGUGUCCGGCGACGAGAGCGACGGGUUCGACGAGACUAUUGUCCCUGUCGAUCAUAAGCGCGCAGGGCACAUUAUUGAUGACGAGCUGUACGAGAUUGUCAGGCACGUCGCAAGGGGCGCGAGACUCACUGUGCUCUUGGAUGCGUGCCAUUCCGGGACCGGGCUGGACUUGCCUUAUCAGCAUGACGUGUUUGGGACGGGCAGCGGGCAGCGGAUCUCGGGAGGGAAAGGUAUGAGCUUGACGUCGGGACUAUUGAACGUGGCCGGGGCUCUGUUGAAUGGCAGCGCGAGCGGGGCGUUGAACGCCGGGUUCAACAUGGCGACUGGCGGCAAGAAGAAGAAGAAGACACCGGGACCGGAUCCCAACGCCGGGGAGGUGCUGCUGUUUUCGGGGUGCAAGGACAAUCAGACGUCCGCGGAUACCAGCAAGCUGACGGGCGGACUGCCCACGGGGGCGAUGACGUUCGCUUUGAUCGAGACGCUCGAGCACUCGACGGUGGGGGAUUGGAGGAAUUAUAAUUACAGGCAGCUGCUGCAGACGAUGCGUCAGAAGUUGAGGGCGGCCAAGAUGACGCAGGUGCCGCAGUUCUCGACGUCGCACCCCUUCGAUCUGUCUACGUCUUUCAUGUUGUAGAGGGAGGAGGGGCGUGUCUGGCGAGCCGGGUAGGGGCGAGCCGGGUGGGGGCGUUUGUGUGUGCGUUUGUGUUUUUUCUCUCUCCCGUGUACAUAGAGGUAUAGAGGUGUCCAGCUGUUGAUGCCUAUACCAAGAGCUGUUUUUUCUCAUUGCUUGGUAAGCCGUAGUAUUAGACGCUGCCCGUUUAUCGUAGUAGAGGUUGAAGGCUUUUGAGGUUUACGAAAAUAGCGAGAUGGGGGUGUCCCAUUCGAAGCAAGUGUGGUUAGCAUUGUAUUUUUCGGUUUACAUGUUAGCA